UCUCACCCGUCGCCUCCACUCGCAUCCCCUACCCAUUCCUUCCAGAGCGGCCUCACUCCGCCUCCCUCGCGAGCUCGCCUCCUCCUCCGCCGACCGAACUCCUCCCCCGCCUCCUACCUGGCCGCGUCCCCACCGCAGGCAGCCGCCCCGGAUCUCCGCGUCCAGAUCGCCGGAAGGCCCCCCUGGAGCAGCUGGCGUCCUCGCAGCCGGACCGAACCUCUGUACCUACUCCCUCACCCGCCGGAGCCCACCUCCGUCGCCUACUACCUCCCCAACUCCUCACUCUCGGAAUCAGGUGGAUGUCAAUUUGUAUGCUGAUUGAAGAUAACUGACUUGGUUGAUCCUGAGGGCAAGAAGUAAUGAUCCGGCCAGGCUCUAAGGAGUCGCAAAAUUAUGACAACAAUAGCCAGAAAGUUUAUCCUCAACCCAUUGACGAAAAUAUGAAUCAGAACAUGGACUCAAUGGACAGUAUGAUUGGAAGGAUAUUCAACAACAUAUCUUCUUUAAAGGCCGCGUACAUUCAGCUGCAGGAAGCUCACACCCCAUACGACCCAGACAAGAUACAAACUGCUGAUAAGCUUGUCAUAGAUGAGCUCACGAGGCUUUCAGAACUCAAGCAUACUUACAGAGAGAAAAAUCCUAAGCCAGUAGCGGCAUCACCUCAAGAUGCACGCUUGCUUUCCGAAAUACAAGAGCAGCAGAACUUGUUAAAGACAUAUGAGGUCAUGGUAAAGAAGUUCCAGUCCCAGAUCCAGAACAGAGAUACUGAGAUUUCCCAUUUACAGCAGCAAAUCGAUGAGGCGAAACAUCGGAAAUCAAAAUUGGAGAAGAAAUUGAAACAAAGGGGCUUACUUAACAAGGAAUCUGAGGAAUCUGAUGAAGAGGAGAACUACUUCUCCAUUGAGCUGACACCAAGUUUAUUUACAUCUACUACUGAUAAUGCAUACCAAUCAAUACAUGACUUCUCAAAGCCCUUGAUCAACAUGAUGAAAGCUGCAGGGUGGGAUCUUGAUGCUGCUGCUAACGCAAUUGAACCUGAUGUAGUUUACACAAGGAGAGCUCACAAAAAGUACGCGUUUGAGUCCUAUAUUUGCCAAAGAAUGUUCAGUGGUUUCCAUGAAGAGAGCUUCUCCAUCAAGUCGGCUAAUGCCACUGUUUCCAAUGAGGCUUUCUUCCAUCAGUUCCUUGCAGUACGAGCCAUGGAUCCUUUGGAUGUGCUGAGCCAAAACCCAGAUUCGGUUUUUGGGAAGUUCUGCAGAAGCAAAUACCUAUUACUUGUGCACCCAAAAAUGGAAGGUUCUUUCUUCGGUAACAUGGAUCAGAGAAACUAUGUCAUGAGCGGUGGCCAUCCAAGGACACCUUUCUAUCAGGCAUUUCUCAAGCUGGCGAAGUCCAUAUGGUUGUUGCACAGGCUGGCAUAUUCUUUUGAUCCAAAGGUCAGGGUCUUCCAAGUGAAAAAGGGAAACGAGUUCUCAGAGAUUCACAUGGAAAGUGUUGUAAAGAACAUUGUUUUGGACGAAAAUGCCGAGAGGCCUAAAGUUGGCUUGAUGGUGAUGCCUGGUUUCUUGAUUGGGACUAGUGUGAUACAGUCUCGAGUGUACCUUUCAGAUGUCAAAUGUGCUGACUGAAAAUGUUGCAGUUACUUAAGGGUCAGGGUGCUUUACAUGGCUCAGGUGCAUUUAGUUGCAUCUGACAAGGGGACACUGUGCCGGUCAUGUAUGUGAUGCUACCUCUCCAAAGUGUUAUUCGUAUGAAAUGUGGUAGCAGCACCAAAAAACUUAAUAUGCUUUUGUCAUUUGACUUUGUCCUUCUGUUUUGUGUUGUAAUCCUGUGCAAUGUUUGGUCUAUAUAUUGUCAAUGUGAUUUGGAUUUGUCAGUGGAUUUGUAUGAUUGUAACACCUUCCACGUUAGCUUCUUUUUUGGAUGCCUAAUCAGUUUUUUCCACUGUAAUAUAUCUGUAUUGUAAUUGUUGGUUGUGCUUUGUACUAUGUAAUUUUUGAGGUUUCGCAAUGGAAUCAUUGAACCAUUUUGGAACUA